UAUAAAAGCCAAUCGACUUGAAUUUAGUCAGUCACGUAUUUUAGCGGAAUUAAACAGGUGAUAACGAACGAGAGGUAUUAAAAUCGUUCCUUAAAUUCGGAGUGAAGUAGAGGAUAGGCGAUGAAGGGGACGUACGUAAUUGCCACCGCCUUCUUGGCAUCUUUGGCCGUGAACGCUGUGAACUCUGAUCAAUCUGCAAAACCUCAAGGCGAGAUUUAUCCCGUUCCUACAACAUGCCCAUUCCCGGAACCCUUUCCGCAUAAUACCACAACCAACAUCGCGCAUGAAUGGGACUGCACAAGAUUUUAUAAGUGUUUCUUGGGUAAAGGAAUCGAGCAGCUAUGUCCCCUGAUGAUCCCAGGAGACCAAGUGACGAGGCUGCAUUUCAAUAGAGUUGAGCAAGUCUGCGAUUGGCCAUGGCGAGCAGGUUGCUCUUCCCUCAAAUGCUCAGAAAGAAUGUCACACGAAAAUAAUCCGGUUAAAACAAGUGGACCAGAUAAUUGCGGCGACUACUAUGAGUGUGUAAACGGUGAAUCGAUUCUGCGUCAUUGUCCAGCUAAUACGUGCUUCAGUCGCACAUGUCAGGCAUGCGUUACAAACAGGAAUGGUGGAAAUUGCGAUCAACCUCAACUGACCUAUCCAUACUGCGCCAGUGGCGAUAAAAAAGAACACGAAUGUGAUUGCGCAAAGUUUUAUAUGUGCGAUGGUUAUGAUUGGUUCCAAUUCCAAUGUCCAGGUGGUCUACAUUAUAGCCGCGAACAAAAAAGAUGCCUGCCACCAAACGAAGCUGGUUGCGCAAAAGGCGAAAGCAAUUAAAAAAAGCUACUCGAAGCUUAUUCUCAAAAAUUGAUAAUAUCACAAAUGCGAUUACAGAUUAUUUUAGACACAAAUAUAUAAAAAAAAAAAAAAAAACACACUGUCUUAUCUUCGGGCAUUCUUCUUCGCUAAGGAUAGAAAUGAUAUUUUUGCUAUUGCACAAAAUGUACAAAAAUCAUGGAGACAUUUGUGCAUACAGAGGACCAUCGAUUUUGGAAAGUACUAAGCUGAAAAUAGAGACGCGUACGAAGAACAGAUUGCUCUGUUAAAAAACUAUUGUUAUUAAAUCUGUACAAGUAAAUUAAUUUCUUAAGAUAUUUUAAUAAAUCUGAUGAUA